UUCAUCUCUAACUUGCAAAUCUGCCAGAGAUCGUGUUGUUGUUUUUGCAAAUUUUAAUCGAAAUUCUGCCGGUAUGAACUCGCCGCUUAAGCAAAGUUUUCAUCCGCCUCUGCAGGGAAAGCCACAUCCAAUGGCGGACUAUCAAGCCAUCAGGCACUCCGAAUUGGAGCAACUCUUCGAAAAGAAGUUCCACUAUCAAAAGCCACGAGGAAUUGAGUCCUGGCAGUUGCCUUCACAGGAUGGGGCACUUUUUAGCGAGUUCUACCAAUUCGAGGCACUGCAGGGCCUCCGGGAGCAACUGAAUGCUAUGAAAAGCAGACUCAAUGAUUAUGGGGUUCAGGAGUGGAGUGCUCACACCAACCGACGGGAUCCUUCUGGCGAGGUUUCCUGGCGCCUGAAGAAUGAUACGAAGGCAGAGUUUGUCACCGUGGCCUGGUGCAAGUUCUUCGAAUGCCUGCAUCGCUACCCCUUGAUCAAGACUCCUGUGGUCAACACCCUGCAUCUUUGCGAGGCUCCUGGAGCAUUUAUUGCAUCGCUAAACCACUACCUGCACAGUAAAUACUCUCCAGCUGAGAUUAAGUGGCGCUGGCGAUCGACCACCUUGAAUCCCUAUUACGAGGGCAAUGCUUUGAACCACAUGAUCAGCGAUGACAGGUUCAUAUUCCACACGCUGGGCAACUGGCUCUUUCACAAGGAUCUCACCGGAAACCUCCUGGAUGUGGCCAAUAUUGAUCAUCUGGCGGAACGCUGCGCGGAUGUAUUCCAGGGUCAAGUGGAUCUGGUCACCGCCGAUGGCUCGAUUGAUUGUGCUGCCCAGCCGGAUUGCCAAGAGGAGAUUGUGGUUCGCCUGUUCUGUGCCGAAGUACUGAGCGCCUUAAAGAUACUCACAGCGGGAGGCAGCUUCCUGGUGAAGAUGUUCACGCUCUUCGAGGCCUGCAGUGUGUCACUACUCUACAUGCUUAAUUGCAUCUUCGAGCAUGUCCACAUCUUUAAGCCCGCCACAUCCAAGCGGGGAAACUCUGAAGUAUAUGUCAUCUGUCUGAAUUACCAGAAGGAUACUCCCGGCUUGCCCCGUUUACUGAAAGAGAUGCAAUCCAAGCUUGCUCAGCCCAAUGACACCAUGGUAAUGCCACUCUUUGCCAGAUCUCAGAUUCCCCAAGACUUCCUGAUGCAGCACGAGAUUGCUUGCCGGCUGUACAUGAAGCUGCAGUCGGAUGCCAUCGAGGGAAGCAUCUAUGCCUACGAGUCCAAUGAUCGCCAUUAUCUGAGACACCUCCACCACCUGCGAGGGCUCGUUUCGAGCACCUAUUACAGUCGCUAUAAAGUGAAACCUCUGGAGGAUAGUCUCUGCAUCGUGGACAAAAAGGCGACUAGCAAGGCCCUGGGCUUUUCUGUACCCGUUUACGGCGGAUCCUACACAGAACGAGAGAACUUGAAACACGGUGAUCUGCUCAAGCAGAUAUACUGCCUGCGCCGGGAAUUUAACCAAUUGGAAAAGUGUCCCAGUGGCAGGCCAAUUGCUUCGUACGUUAAGGAUAGAGUGGGAACCCUGAAGCUUAGUGUUUCCAGAGGAGCUCCAGUCCAGCAGCUGCAGAGCAGCAUGUUUGCCUCGGAGCCCAUACUUAUACUGCGCCUUCGCAUCCUGGACACCUUUGAUCUCGAUCCGGUUUGGCAGUCUGCGCCCAAGUGUCAGUUGGAUAGCAAGACAAUAAACUACUUGCCACCCGCGGAAAAUGAAAGCUUCCACUCCGCUCAGCGACGCUUUUUCAUAGAUCUCCUAAAAGCAGUCCAAGAACUGCAGCCUCAGAGCAUUAUCUUCCACAAGUUCCUGUUCCUCACCCACUAUUCCGCCUCCCUGCUGCUGUUCCUCAUGGAAACCAUUUACCAGGACUGCAGUUUCGAGUGCAAUCAAUCGCAAACCCUCUCAUUGACUUCACUUAAAUCAGCAGCGGGAAAUGAGAUAGAAAAUGUGCUGCAGGAACUCCAAAAAGAUGAGCAGACGGGAAUGGCUAUCCACAGUUUGCUCGAUAUCAAGGAGCUGCAGAAGAACAAAUUCAGCAACGCCCUCAUCCAGCACAACAACAAUGUGCUGCUGACCUGUUUCCGCGGCAUGUUGGGCGAGGAAUCCUUUCCCAUGCCUGUGGUUUCUACAGCCAACUCGAAGGUGUCCACAAUCCAAGACCCAGCGGCUGUGUUUUAACAUAACGAACAUGUAUUUCUCACUUGCAUAAAAUUACAGUGCUACUUUUACAAAACUA